GGUGAAAGUUGAACCUACGAGAGAAAGAGAGAAACAGAAGAGGCGUCUCAUCCUGACUGUCGUGAAAAGAAGGGUUGACAAUUUUUUCUAAGCGAACGGAAGUAAAAGCAACAUUAGAGAUGAGUAUGAGAGAUAUUCUAUCAGAGAUCGACGGUGGAGACGAUGAGAGAGUUGAACAGCUUUUGCAGAAGUAUAACAAAGAGAACUGCCGCACAUUUGCCUUCGACCACAAAGAAGAGGAUGGGAGAAUUAAACUGUGUCAGGGCUUGCUCACAGUGCUCAAACGGCCUGUUCGGCCCCUCUGCCAAAGCACCUGCCUUGAGACCCUGCGCAUCCUGUCCAGAGACAAGCGUGUUCUGGGACCCAUAGACACCAGAGAGGGCAUCCUCACCCUGGCAGGACUGGCCCGGAUCCGUGCAACAGGGGGUGUUGGAGAGCCAUUGGAGGAGGAGCAGUCAGCCGAAGAAGAGAGAGUUGUAGUGGAGGCCCUCAAGUGCCUGUGUAAUGUUGUGUUCAACAGUGUGGCAGCACAGCAGAUGUGCGCAGAUGUGCAACUUGCAGAGGGCCUGUGUGCCCACUUAUAUUCGGUCAGCUCUGCCCAUCAUGAGGUGGGCUUGUUCUCCCUCCGGCUGAUCUUUCUGCUCUCUGCCCUGCGGACAGAUGUACGUGGCACACUGCGAAAGGAGGCAGGUGCAGUGAGGCUGCUUACAGGUGUGCUAGAACGCUCCCUGGAUGUGCGCUGGGUGGGGCCGUAUGAAGCCGCUCCUCCUGACCCACAGACCCCGUACAUAUCUCCAGAGAACAAUGAACAUACCAUUGAAGCCCUUAAAGCUCUGUUCAACAUCACGUUGACUGAUUCCAGUGAAGAGGACAAUGACCACCAGCUUCGACUCAUUGUAGGCAUCAUGCGACAUCUCCUAUUGCUGAAGACACAGAGUGAAGAUAAAACAGAGGAAGCUCACAGUCAUGCCAUAAACCUCCUGAGUAACCUCCCAGUACAGUGCCUGGAUGUUCUGAUAGAUGUCCCUGUUCAAGGUGGGCUGGAAAAGUAUGGUGGGAAAAACAUGGACGUGGUGCAGUUGCUGCUAGAUUUUAUGGAGAGGAGGAUAGACAAGGGUUCCAACUACAAAGAAGGGUUGACACCAGUGCUGAGCCUGAUGACGGAGAGCUCUAGAUACCACCGGGAAAUCCGCAGAUACCUCAAGACCCAGGUGCUGCCUCCCCUGAAGGAUGUAAAGGAGAGGCCAGAAAUCGGUUGUACGGUUCGUAACAAACUUGUGCGAAUCAUGACUCAUAUAGACUUGGGAGUGAAACAGGGAGCUGCAGAAUUUCUUUUUGUCCUCUGCAAAGAGAGCGUGGACAAUCUGUUGAAAUACACUGGCUAUGGAAAUGCUGCGGGGCUGUUGAUGGCACGAGGUUUACUGGCCGGAGGCAGAGGUGAGACACAGUACUCUUCUGAUGAAGACUCUGACACUGAGGAGUAUAAGUCAGUCAAACCAUUCAUUAACCCCAUCACAGGUCACAUAGAGCACCCGAUGCCAAACCCCAUGGAGGAGAUGACUGAGGAGCAAAAGGAAUAUGAAGCCCAGAAACUUGUCAAUAUGAUUGAUGAACUAUCUAGGAAAGAACUUAUCAGGCCAAUGGGAGUGAGGAGGGAUGGCACACUAGCGCCCCUUGGGGAGACUAUCCAUGGGUGCAGUCCACCACCUAGCAGCAACUCAGACUCAGACUAGCAGGAGCUCUGCACUGAAACCCUUCUGGCCAAGCUGAUGGAAGGCAACACGAACUGUUGCAGUCUUACAUGCAGACCAUCCACUGGUGGCAUUGGGGAUGGAUUAUUUUUUACUGCAUUUAUUCCUUUGUUGCACAAGUAUAUGUCUUUCUAAUGGGGACUUUAGAGAAAAAAAUUAUUUUGUUCAAUAGAUAUCUGAUUUAAUAUUAAAGAAAGCUGAUUGCAAAGAGAUCUUGAUCAUGAGCAAAUGUAUCGGUUUGUAGAUUAACUUUUAUUUAACAAAAUGUGGCUGAGGACACACAUGUAACUGUUCCUGAUUCACAGGUGUACCUAAGACACCUGUUUCAAAAUACAUAUAUUUAGAAAUGUAUACCAAGACAAGCCAUAAAAUCAUUCAAAUGUAAACAUUGUCUUUAUAAAAAUGUUGCAUAGUAAUAUUCAGUAAAACCUGUCAGCACUUUUGCUCAGCGGUGAUGCUUGGAGUUUGAAAAAAAAAAAUCUUCUGGCCUUUGUCUGUUUUAUAUUAUUUUAGCUACCUAAUUUUCUAUAACCUUUUGUGAUUUUUCUUCAUCUUUUGUUUCAAGCUGUUUUGGGUGUGAUUAGUAUUCAGUAUGUAUAGUUUUUUCACCCUUUUUUUCUAAGGAAUCUUCACAAUUUAUACACAAGACAAAGCAUGUAUAAUGAAUAUCAUUGUUUUUCUAAAAAAAUUGUUAGCUGUGCUUGAUUUUAUAGGCUUUGCAGAUGCAAAUAAUGGAAUACUUUUUUUGAAGUGCUCAAACGUUUGACUCCGCUUAUAAUGUAAUCACUGUAAUGUCAACAGAAUAAGGGGACUUUAUAAAACUUUGCUUAUAUAUUGCAUACUUUGCACUCAACGUUUGAAUCUUGAUUUCCUUUGUCCUGCAGACAAUCAUUUGCAAUAAAACAAAA